AGAGAGAUUGGAAACAGUGCAGAACAAAGUACAAAAACUUAAAACAUGAAUAUAAGAUUGUAAGAAUGGCUCAAGACCAAGGAAUAACUAAGAGUAUGAAAUUUUUUACUGAGCUGGAUGCCAUUUUGGGACACAAUAAAACAGAAAAAUCACAAGAACAGGAAUUCCAAGAUGGAGAACAAGCCACAGGAUGUGCCAAUGUAAAAAGAGAAGAGGAUCGGACAGUCAUUGCUGGAGAAGCAGCUGAAGAUGAUUUAGUCAGUAAUAUGUCAGAAGACCUAAGAGAGAGAGAAGUAAAACAAAGUCCUGGCACAGAGGAAGACACUGUAAGUACAGCCUCAGAAGAGGUGGACAGCCCCACAGCACUACAGAGUAUCACUGGGUCAGGUAAUCAUAUUCCUUUAGAAGAUGCUAAAAAUCAUUUACAGAUUAUAACAGUGAGCGACACAGAGGCUGGAAAACACUGGUGUGACAAUGAGGUCAGAGCGCUUAUACACAUAUGGUCUGAUGAAAAAAUUAAGCAAACGCUUGAAAGGGCCACAAGAAACAAAGAAAUAUUUGAGGAAAUUGCCAGAAGACUAAUGCAGUUUGGAAUAGACAGAGACUGGAAACAAUGUCGUACCAAAUACAAAAAUUUAAAAUAUGAAUACAGAGUUUUACAAAAGAAAAAUGGCAACCCUCAAAGAAAAAUGAGAUUUUAUGAAGAAGUUGACUGCAUCUUAAGAGGACCAGCUCUCAGAACUGCCAAAUGGAAACAUGAAUUUUUUGAAGGUCACGCCAAAAACCCAAGAACUCUGAGCAUCAAAAGAAAAGCACAUGAAGAUGAACCAGUGUCUGUAUCUCUUAAGAAAACUGCUCCUGAGAUCACUGCAAAUCGGUUUCCUCAGAGCAUAACACAACGAAAAGAUUCUACAGAAUGUUUCUACAGACAGGAGACCCCCUACGUGAUCCAACUUCAUCAGAGCCCUGCCUCUGUUCCCAGCGCGGCGUUUGCCCCCAGCCCACGCAGGAUAAUGGCUACAGCUGAGGUGCUGAAUAUUGGUAAAAAACUCUAUGAGGGUAAAACAAAAGAAGUCUAUGAAUUGCUAGAUAGUCCAGGAAAAGUCCUCCUUCAGUCCAAGGACCAGAUUACAGCAGGAAAUGCAGCCAGAAAGAAUCACCUGGAAGGAAAAGCUGCAAUCUCAAAUAAAACUACCAGUUGUAUUUUUCAGUUGUUACAAGAAGCAGGUAUCAAAACUGCUUUCACCAGAAAAUGUGGGGAGACAGCUUUCAUUGCACCUAAGUGUGAAAUGAUUCCAAUUGAAUGGGUUUGCAGAAGAAUAGCAACGGGUUCUUUUCUCAAAAGAAAUCCUGGUGUCAAGGAAGGAUAUAAGUUUUACCCACCUAAAGUGGAGAUGUUUUUCAAGGAUGAUGCCAAUAAUGAUCCACAGUGGUCUGAAGAACAGCUAAUUGCUGCAAAAUUUUGCUUUGCUGGACUUGUUAUAGGCCAAACUGAAGUGGAUAUCAUGAGUCAUGCUACACAGGCUAUUUUUGAAAUACUGGAGAAAUCUUGGUUGCCCCAGAAUUGUACACUGGUUGACAUGAAGAUUGAAUUUGGUGUUGAUGUAACCACCAAAGAAAUUGUUCUUGCUGAUGUUAUUGAUAAUGAUUCCUGGAGACUCUGGCCAUCAGGAGAUCGAAGCCAACAGAAAGACAAACAGUCAUAUCGUGACCUCAAAGAAGUAACUCCUGAAGGGCUCCAGAUGGUAAAGAAAAAUUUUGAGUGGGUUGCAGAAAGAGUAGAGUUGCUUCUGAAAUCAGAAAGUCAGUGCAGAGUUGUAGUAUUAAUGGGCUCAACUUCGGAUCUGAGUCACUGUGAAAAAAUCAAGGCGGCUUGUGGAAAAUUUGGCAUUCCAUGUGAACUUCGGGUAACAUCUGCCCAUAAAGGACCAGAUGAAACUCUGAGAAUUAAAGCAGAGUAUGAAGGGGAUGGCAUUCCUACUGUAUUUGUGGCAGUGGCAGGCAGAAGCAAUGGUUUAGGACCAGUGAUGUCUGGUAACACUGCAUACCCAGUGAUCAACUGUCCUCCACUCACUCCAGACUGGGGAGCUCAGGAUGUGUGGUCUUCUCUUCGACUACCCAGUGGUCUUGGCUGUUCAACCAUACUGUCCCCAGAAGGAUCAGCUCAGUUUGCUGCUCAGAUAUUUGGAUUAAACAACCAUUUGGUAUGGGCCAAACUGCGAGCAAAUAUAUUGAACACAUGGAUUUCCUUGAAACAGUCUGACAAGAAAAUCCGAGAGGGCAAUUUAUAAGAACAUCAUUGUUUUGGGGUUUUUUUUGUUUGUUUGUUUGCUUUUAGGAGAAAAACUACAUUUCUUGUUUAGCUUCAGAAAAAAAAAAUCAAAACAAAAUUUUUUAAAUCAGAGAAAACAAUUUACUAGUGAAUAAAUGCUUUUCUAGAUUCAUGGGUUAGUAGACUAUAUGGACAUAAUUAUUAGCAUUUCUUUAGAGGAAGUGAAAUUACUGUAAGAAUACUUUUAAAAUCUCUUUAGCUAUUGUAUGGUCAUUGUUAGGUAGAUAACAAUCGGAUAUAUUUCUUAAAUGCUAAUAAUGUCCUAUUGUCGAGCUCUAAAGUUACUACUUGACCUUCUUGAAUCUCAACCCAUAAGUUUUAGAAGGUUAAAAUGCCUAUAUCUUAGAGUGAUAAGAGAAAAAUAUAGUCAGUCCUCUUUUACAUUAUGAUCUUUACAAAAUCCUAAGGGCAUGUUGUUUUAUUUGCAGUCAGUAUCUCAGAAUAGAUGUGUAUUUAGCUGUAGACAGAGAUGCUGCUUUGUUUUGUUUUUGCUUGUUUUCUUAAGAAAAGUUGAGAUGGGUGUUAGGGGUAGGAAAGACUAAGUAGGAUAAAGGGAUACUGUGGAAGCCAUGGAAAGGGGACUUUUCUGAGAACUUUUCUGCUGGUGUUAGGGCAAUUCCCCAUGGAAAAAAAAAGUACAGCGUGAAUCACCUUUGCCAUUCCAAAUGAAAGAUUUACUUAGCUAUUAUGGGUGCCUCUGUGAUCCUAAAAUUCUUUUAAUUCUGAUAAUGCAUGUUUCAGCCAAACUAACAAUCCUCAGCCUAAUGUCAUUUUUGAAAACUGGAAUCUCCUAGUUGAUAACCAUUAAGUAGUUUCUUUCUUACAACAGAAGUCUCAGCAGGGUACCCAGUGAGAUUCACCUCUAAGAGAGCAGUUGUUACUGAGAGGUGUUACAGUUCAUCAUCAAUCUGUAAGCCAUAUUUGGAAGUCACUGUUAGGUUGUACAGUCCUGAGUACUUUUUAUAGAUCACUAAACUUUAAUCUGAAUGUCCAUGAACCCCUUAAAACUUCCAGGUAAAAUUUUACAUAUAUGUUCACAUUUAUAAAAAUGGGGCAACCAUAGUUUUUAUCCAAAAGACCUGCAUCCUCAAAAAUGUUAAGAAUCUCUGGGAUGCCUGGCUGGCUUAGUUCGUUAGCCUCCGACUCUUGAUUUCAGCUUGGGACAUUAACUCAGUCAUGAGAUUGAGCCCUGCAUCAGGCUCAACCCUGGGAGGGGGCCUGCUUAAGAUUCUCUUACUCUGCCCCUCCCCCACUCAUUCUCCAUCUUCCUUCCCUCCCUCCCUCCUUCCUUCUUUCUCGCUCUCAAAAUAAACUUUCUUUAAAAAUAUUGAUCUCUGCUACAGAUCAAAUCUGGAUAAGACCCUUGCAACUGGCUUAUACUGUCUAUACCUUUUCACCUCCCUCUCAGCUGUUAACAAGCUAUCAUCUCAUAUCAUUUCUUACCUGGUCUCUGUGGGGCAGGGUAUGAUUAACCUAAAUCACUUCUUUCUUGACUAGACACCAAGAUACUCCAACCUCAAUCCUGAAGUUUUUCUUACAUUAUUCUUUUCCCUUAAGUAUUGAUGUUUCCUACACAGUCUCUCCAUUAUUUAUAAGUAAUCAUUGGAGUAACUCCUUAAGCUAAAACCAGUAUUACUGAUUGCUGGCACUGUGUUUGUAGUCUUGUAUUUCUGUCUGAAUGCUUUAAACUUAAUUCAUCUUCUACCCAGCCUGUUAACUCUGGCUACACUCACUGCUCCAAAUCAGAAGUGUUAUUUCAUACUUGAUGCUUUUCUCUUACAUUCACAUCUCACUGAUUACCAAGUUUUUAAUUAACCCUGUUUACCCAUCAUCUGUACAAAAGCUUCAAGUGGAGGUCAAAUUCUGAAUUAUUGGGCUGAUCUAGGUCUCCAUUCUCAGUGUUUUGAAGUUGUCUAGGACUUACAACAUAAAUUUACAAUCUCUUUUGCAGUUUAGAUUCCUUUGAAAAUGAAUGCCAUUGACUCUGCCCGUAGAGAUUGCACACACAAUUUACCAACAGAUUUCAUUGGUUUUUGGUGUUCCCUUGAAGCCUAUCCAUGGUCUGUAGUUUUAAGAAUUACUAAUGAAACUCAUCAAGGGAACUUGCUUUCCAUAAUUUUUCAACUGUCACUUAAUCUAUGAGAUUAAAAACCUUAAUCUUUAAUCUCUAAGAACCUUAAGUUCUUAGAAUGAGCUAUUAAAAUCUAUUCUGUUAUUAAAAUUUGUUAGUUACUAGAGCUUCAUCUUCACGCUCUGUGAAACCUUUCCAAAUCCCUUCUAGCUACAAUGGCUACAAGUAGUUCUUUGUUGGGUUGGAAGCUCCAAUAGAGGAGAGGAUAGAAUCUUACACUUUAUUUCCUUCCUCACAUUGCCAUGUGCUAUGCCUGUCUGCUAGAGAUGGGAGAAUUAUAAAAACCAUGUUCUGCUUCAUUCUUUUAUGUUCACAAGGACAAUUAAAAAGAUACAAUUUCAACAUCUUUAAACUUUGGCUUUGUUGCUUCUGAAUAGUCAUUGGCUGUAGUUUCAACUCUUCUAUCCCUACCUAGCAAAAACUUCACCUGUUUUUGUGUAGUACCUGAAAAAAAAUUCAAAUGUUUAGACUAGUGGAUAGAACUGACCUUUUUUUUUUCUUUUAACUUGUAUUUGGUAAAGAGAUAGCAAGCAGUGGAGGGACACAGAUAGAGGGAGACAGAAUCCCAAGCAGGCUCCGCAAGGCUCCAGCACAGAGCCCAGUGUGCAGCUUGAACUCAGGAACCGCAAGAUCAUGACCUGAGCUGAAGUCAAGCGUCAGGUGCUUAACCAACUGAGCCACGCAGGUGCCCAGGACUGACCAUUUUUAAUGGUCAUUAUCCACUUCACUACUAGCUUCAUAGAAUAUAUAUCUUCUUCACUACUAGCUUCAUAGAAUAUAUAUAUAUAUAUAUCUUCAGUAGUGUUGUUACAUUAGUACUAAAGUUCUUGAAAGUAUUUUUAACUGUUACAUAAAUUAACUUACACAAAUUUACCUGGUUUGCCAUCUUUAGGUGUUUGUACUUUCUGUGGGCUUGUAGGUAAACAUAAAAAGAAGAAAAAUUUCUCCAAGUCAUGUAGUACUUACACUUUGUAUCAUAAAAUCAUGUUAUAGUUGCUGUUGCUUUAAUGCCUUCUGAAAUGAAAACACUGUAGCCAAAUAAAAGACAAAGAUAAG